CGGGGAGGAGGACCGGCGUGCCGAGGGGGGUGCCGAGGGGGGUGCCGAGGGGUUGCCGCCGGGGGGAUCCAAGGAAAACGCCAAGGCGAAGAGGGAGGCGUGCGCGAGGUCUCGCGCGAUGCGAGCCGAUUUCGUCGAGCUCCUCGUCGCGUCCGGCGCGGUGGACGCGCUCGCCUCGCUCUUCGCGCUGCACGACAGGCCGAAGCAGGACGUCGAGCCCGUGCCCCCGGCGAUCAUCGCAGGGCUCAGGAUGCUCGAGGCGUUGCUCGACGCGCGCGUCCCCGCGCCGGGCGCCGAGCUGGGCGAGGACCACGCGGCUGGAAUUCGUUCCUCGAGCGGCGCGGCGGCGAAGCCGGCGACGUCGAUCGUCACCGACUGCGAGUCACCCGCGGGGUCUCUCAUCGCGGCGCUGAGGGAGACGGCGUUGGCGGGUCUACCCUCGCUGCUCACCAGCGUGCUGCUUCAGACGGAGGCGACGUUGAGGAUCCCCGUGCUCCAGGAUCCCGCGGCGGCGGCGAGGGCCCUGCCCCCCAACUUUGUCGGCGUUGCCAGCUCGGUGCUCCGGCUGCUCAACGCCACCGCGAGGUUCGGACCUGAGGUGGCGCAGGACGCGCUGUCGUCCCCGGAUCUUCGCGUGGAAACGCACCACCUGCUGUCCUUCAUCUUGGCGCUGUGCGCGAGCGAAUGGGACAGCGCCGUCGCCAACGGAGCAGAGGCGGAGAAGAGGAGAAAAUCGGGCAAGUCGUCGACGGAUGCGCCGGGCGAGGGGAGGAGCGAUAACGCCCGCGCCACCGCGGGGGAGCUCGAAGAUCUGCUGGACCAGACGGUGCUGUUCAUCGGGGCGUUCGCGCUGCUGUGCCCGGCGAACCAGGACAUGCUGUGCUGGGGCAGGGCGCCCACGCUCAUGCAGCGACUGCCGGAUUUGCCCUUUGAGUACUACAGCUCGCCGGAGAAGAUCGCGGUGCUGUUCCCGACGCUGGUGUCGGUGGCGUUCGGACACGCGACCAACCGGCGGCUCAUCGCGCACGAGCUGUCGCUGGAGAUGGUCAGGGAUUUCGUGAGGGAGGAGGCGGAGGCGAGGAGGGACGGUAAACCCGGCGCGGCGCAGAGGGCGGGUCUGCCGCCGCAGUUUGCGUUUGCCGCGAGGUUCCCGAGGACGCUCUGGGGCGACGCGAGCGAGUACUUCGAGGCGGCGUGAUAAAAUAUGGGAAGGACGAGGAAAGAUUUUUGUGCCAACACACUGCUAAAACGGGAUAUGCACGGGGAUUUGGGUAGGGAUGUAAGGGAAUUUGUUGAAAUUGAAACACGCGCAAUCGCGUCGUCUC